GUGAGUUUGAGUUUUGAGAUGAGCAUCAGUGUAGCUGUGAAGAUCAGUGUGCUAGGAAGCAUGAUUUUAGCGGAACUCACUGAGUGGGCAGUAUCAGAAGACGAGUUACGAGUGUAUUGUAAAAUAGUAUAUCAGGACAAUAUUAAUUAAGCUUCGUUGUUGUGGAGCUUACGUGCAGAAGAAUCCAAAUAUGGACAAAGUAAAGCGCCUGGACGACUCGGAAGGUUGGACGACCAUGGACGACCUCGAGAAGCACAAGAUCAGAAGACCGAUUGACAGCCUCUCCGGCGUCACCUUCUGCGGGUGCGGCUUCCUGGGCGUGUACCUAGUGGGCGUGGCCUCCUACUUGCAAGAGCACGUCCCCUUCGUGUUGGAGAAGCAGUUCGGAGGAUCUUCAGUGGGUUCUCUGGUGGCGAUUUGCCUCAUCUGCGACAUCCCGCUUUACCACAUCCGGCAGAAACUCCUCGCCACGGCCAAGGAAGCCAACAACAAGUUUCCUUGGACGCUGAGCCCUUCCUUCUCCUUGGAAACGCCGCUGCUAAGGGCCCUGCUGGACUUGUUACCCGAAGACGCUCACAUCAGGGCCUCCGGAAGACUUUUUCUCUCACUCACUAAGGCUUCUCGACUCUCUAAUGAGUUGGUGAGCGAAUUCAAGACGCGACAGGAGUUAGUGCAAGCCAUCAUCUGCUGCUGCUACGUGCCGGUCGUCUCGGGGUUCUCCGUGCCCAGCUUCAAGGAACCAUGUACGUCGACGGGGCGAUGAGCAACAACAUGCCGCUGAAGGGCCCGAACACCCUGAGCGUCCACGCCUUCGCCGGCGACUUCGACAUCUGCCCAGACGACCAGGGCUUCUCCAGCCCCUUAAUGGCCACGGCCUUCA